GAAAGGGUAAAGUAAAACUGUAGACUCCCAAAAAAAAAAAAAAGUAGAAAGUGAAACCCUACCCAUUUUCUCCACAGCCGGCUCCCUCAUCCUCCCAUGGUGACGCCUCACGUUCUCCUUGUAUGUGAAUCUCAUGCCUUUCUUUCUUCCUCAAGGCUUAUGCCUCAUUAGUCUCUCGCACCUCCCUCUGUCUUUUCACUCUACUCCUUCGGACCCCCUUCUCAUUCUGCCGUAGCAAUACUCUCACCAGCCGCACCGCUAGCUUUCUCCAUAAUGGCCGGCAUCGCAAGCCCUUCCAACAGCUUGUAGCCUCUUUCUCCAUCCCACUUUUCCACAUUAAUUAUUCUAUUGAGGUCUACGUCCUUGUGGGUUUGUGCUUGACAUGAGAGCCGCGCUAUUGUGUCUUGGUUGGCAUUGGUCUUUCUCGUGUAAAAUCCUCUGGUGUCAUCAGCCUCUUUCUCAUCCCUUGUGAGAUUCUCCUUUGCUGUCAACCUUACCACUGACGGCGAAGAAUAAGAAUGAGAAGGCGACUCUGAAGAAGUGGUGAAGAACUUCCUCUAACUGUAACGAAGGAGUUUCAGUCUCAUACCCAAGACCAAAGCGGUAUUUCCAAGCUCUCGUUGUUGAACUUCGUCCACACAGUCUUUCGACUUGAAUUUCUACUAAGGUGAUGUCAACCCAUGAACUCUUGCAAUAAGAGCUUAAGGAACCAUUCUCUUAUACCCUAUGGAAGCCUAACUGAGUCUACAGUUAGUUUCUCUCUGGGCUGUGAUUAUGAAGCGUUUUACUUUCUCUCUCUUUACUAAUUGGUCUCCUUCUCUAAUGCUUCCCCGAUUUUACAGUCAAGAAGCUGCUUAUUGCUUGCUCCCCUUUGGUAGUUGUUGCAGUAAUGGUCUGUUCUUAAGGAGAGUACACACUCGUGGUAGCCAUAACAUUUAUAGACAUGGGGUCAAUGGUGGAGUACUGAAUAACAGAUAUGCUUCUCCUGAAACCCAUUCUAUUCUUCAAUCAAGUGGUCUUCAGCACUGGUUCAAGAAUUGGCAGCAGCUAAGAAAGAAUAAACUGACAGCAAGCACUUUCGCUUCCGCUAUUGGGUUUUGGCGUCGGCGAAGAGUCCAGCUGUGGUUAGAGAAGGUUGGGGCCAUCGAGCCGUUCUCAGGUAACCUGGCAACAUGUUGGAGCAAUAUCAAAGAAGAGGAAGCCCUUGAAAGGUACAAGCUCAUCACAGGAAAUACAGUAUUGUUUCCAGAGUUUCAGGUUUAUUCAGCUAAAACAAAGCCGGGAGAGGAUUGGUUGGCAGCUUCACCAGAUGGGGUUGUUGACGGGCUUGUUUAUGGUUUGUCUUCACGGGGAGUUCUCGAGAUUAAGUGUCCCUUUUUCAAUGGUGAUAUGAGCAAAGCUUCCCCUUGGUCUCGAAUUCCGCUGUACUGCAUUCCGCAGGCUCAGGGUUUGAUGGAGAUUGUGGACAGGGAUUGGAUGGAUUUCUAUGUUUGGACUCCUAAAGGAAGCAGCUUGUUCCGGCUGUAUAGGGAUGCUGAAUACUGGGAUGUCCUCAAAAUGGCACUCUCUGAUUUCUGGUGGCAGCAUGUUCAUCCAGCAAGGGAAUGUAGCUCUAAAUCCCCCGUGGUCUUGGAUCCACUCACCGACUUAAGAUCACUCAAGCCACUUCCAAGGCAUGAACUGUGCAGUUAUAUAGUUUAUGACAGCAAACGCAUAGUUGAUGAAUCCAAAUUGUUGAUGCGAGAAAUCAAUGGCAUACUCCAAAGCUCAUGUUGAUUUCCUUACAGAUGAGAGAAGAAUGAAGCUGAAUGUGAAGUGUGCUUUGUACAUUGAUGGUGUUCCAUUUGGUCCUCUCACAAAACAAGGUUUGAGAUGUUUCAAGCAGGAAAGGUGAGGGAUUAAUUGGUGGGGCUACGGUUCCUCUUUGUGAUAGCAAAAUGCAGCUCAAAACAGGAGAACAAAAGCUCAGGCUUGGCUAUGAAAACUUGCAGAUGGUUCAUUAGUACAAAUUGGAGUGCUUGGAGAAGCUUAUGGACAAGUACCAGAGAUGAUAAAAGCUGACAUGUUGAUUUGCUAGAUUGUCUUGCAUUCAAAACUAGAUAAAAUCAAGGAAUGCGAAAACACUAGAAGUGGAAGUUCUAAUUUAUACCUGGUCAUUGCGUUUUGUGGCUUUGAACAUCAGUUGUUUUCCAGGAAGCACAACAGUUUAGUUGGGAACAAAUUACUGAUGUAUCUGAUGCGCUGGAGCUACUAUCCCCGGUUUCUAAAAUUGAGGAGGUCAGUGUGCAAGACUUUUCUUUCAUACUACUAUCUACAAUAUUUUGGUAUAUUUAAAAGUUCAGCAAGUUCUAUCUUGUAUACAUUGUGUUAUGCUUCCAUCUACAUCCAUUCAUGAAGUCAUAGCUUGUGCAUUAUAUCUUGUACCUCUUUGACAGGAGAAUAUUUUAGAUAGUACAAACAUGCAUCUGACUCUGUAAUAUAUUAUGCAAAGCUUGAUAAAAGUACAAAUGCCUGAAGGCGAAACUAAUGUCCGAUUGAAUAAUUAUUUGUGAAUUUUAGUAACUAUAUCCUCUUUAUGAAUGGAAGAAAUGAAGAUGGAAUUAAAUUAUGAACACAUUCUGACCCAUGAUUUUAAUGUUUGGUGGUCCCUUUACGUUUGUUCAAAUGGAUGAAUUGCUUAACAUAGAAAGUCUUGAUAUGCACCCAAGAGGGGUCAAAUGGUCAGACAUGUAGUGGUUUGGUUUGUUCCCACAAAGUUUUGCGGUUCGAGUCUCUCUUAUGUGCCUAAAUAGCAAGUCUCUCUUAUGUGCGUAAAUAGCAAGCAAUAGUUUCCUGGUCUCCAAAUAUUGUGGGGUUGACCUCUAUUGGUCCAUAGGAUUGCACUUGUGCCAUUUAUGCCUAAAGCUUGCACCAAGUGUCCUUUUUACUGAGCUUGGAAGUUUGGGUCUAAUCUAAUAACUUGAAAUCCGAAGCUUUUUAGGUUUUUAUACCGUUUCUUCUAAAUAUAAUGGUGAAGGGACUGAAGUUCCCACUCAAUGAUCAUGGAGAAAUCCCUAUGUUGAAAAUUGGGCACAGGAAAUUUCUCACCAUUUAAAACAGGCUGGCCGUCAUCAACAUUUGUUGCUGCCGUCAACGAUCUCCUACCACCUCCCUUUCUUCUCACUGUCACAAUCUCUUUCUCCUCUAAUCAAGGUAAAUGAAAGGAAAAGCUUAACCAGCCCUGAGUGGAGAGCUUGGGCGACGUUGUGUACAUACAGAGCUGCUUGAUCGCCAUGGUCAAGGAGUUCUCAGAAGAACUAGGGGUUUACCCUAUUUUUGUCGCUUAGGCCGGCGGGGAUUGUAAACUUGGAAAUGUAGCGACUCUUUUGUAUUACAAACUACUUGUAAACAUUUUGAAAGGCUCAUGAGCAGUUUACUCACUUAAUGAAAUAUACCCUUUUCUUUUUACUAGUUUUCUACCUUAACCUGAUAAUAACACUUAGAUCACGUUUUUUAACCAAAGGAUUCGGGUAGCGGGUCAAAUUUCCGGUUCACCGUAACUGUUCUGGGGUAACCAGAGCGUUACAGAUUUUAUUUUUAUAUAGCCACAGAUUUUAGGCAUUCUACAUUACCUAAUAAAAUGUAUGCACUAAAUAUUUUUUUAUUAAUUUUGUUAAAUCUUAUUUAAGUGAUGGAGAAAAUUGAAGAGCAAAGUAAUGAGUCGAUUCUUCUAAUUGAAGAUUUAGGUGAAUUAAAAACACUAUGUGGGAAUGGUUUUUGAGAUAAUGGAAAAGGCAAAAACAUAUUACAAAGAUUAUGGUCGAAAAAAAGGUUUUUGCACUUGUAUUCGGAGUACAAUGAAGACAACUCGAUCAAAUGAUAUUACUAGCAUAGUAUUGAGCUGCUCUCAUCGAGCACUGGUAGGGAAGAUGAUGUUUUGGAAGAGACUUGUGGAUGAAGCAAAUGAUGACAAAGAUUAUGAAAAGAAAACUUGAAAUUGUUCCACUUUUAAGUGUGAUUGCAAAGCUUACAUGUAAAGUGUUUAGUGACAUUCAUAAUCACAAAUUUGUUAGCCCAAGUAAAAGGAUGAAAAUGAAAAUAAAUCGUCACAUGUUGAAAGCGGUGAA